UGCUGUUAGUCCUGUGUGGGACAGGUGUGGUCGGCCAAAACUAUCAGACAUUUUAUAUGUCAGGCAGCUGCGGGUUGUCCUUCUCCCUAUAUGACUCUGGCUACAUCUCAUGGAGCCCUGACUGGGAUUAUGGCAACAACGAAGACUGCUCGGUGGUCUUCUACGCCGCCGACCCCGAUGCCGUUAUCUCUCUACAGUUUCCACAAGUCAACAUACAGGCUUGUGUUGAUCACCUGUACAUCUACAACGGAGCGUCCUACAACUUCAGCGGAGUGUACUACAACACCCCCUCAGUUACUGCAAGUGAAGACGUCUGCAACCACAACAUUCCCGCUGAGUUUGUCUCCACCGGUAACUUCAUAACAUUACGACUGACAUCUGAUGGGUCUAUUGGUGGGACAUUCACGCUGUUGUACACGCUGUACUGGGGAUCCGGACAUUCGACAGGUGCAGGUGACUCCAUCAGAAUCCGACUCGUAGGUGGUACAAGUUUUAACGAAGGUCGUGUGGAGGUCAGGCAGACUUCGGCUAGCGCCUGGGGCACAGUCUGUGACGACGGUUUUGACAUGACCGACGCAGACGUGGUCUGUAGGUCACUUGGCUACUCCGGAGCGUCGUUCGUUCGUUCUGAAGCGUAUUUACGUCAAGGUAUAGCUGUCUUUCUGGUGUCCACUCUAUUAUCGAUUCUAUGUAAGCAAUUUACGAUUUUAUGAUAGGUAUUUGUGGUUGAUGAAUGGUUGGGUGAAACACCAUGGCACAAGUUGGCCAAGGCUGGCAAUACAGAGAAAAUAAUGGUCAAAUGAGGGAUUCCUCCUCAGGAGAGAUCACACC